AUGUUUAAGGGGUCUUUUAAAAACAUAUUUCCCCGUUGCUUCCGCUUUAGCGCGGGCCCUAGACCUUAUUCCAGAUAUGCCCAAUAUCGGAGGUUUAACAACAAAGAAGGCACCUCCUUCACUCAGUUGCUAGUUGACCCAUCAUCCAGAAAGUACCUCGCUGCGGUCUUUGGGGGCGGAUUCCUGUUUUAUGUGACCCACCUGGAGCAGGCCCCAGUUAGUGGAAGAACUAGGUUCAUAUGGCUUCCUCAUUGGCUGGAACUUAAAAUUGGCAACUACUCAUACAAUUCAAUCCUAGCCCAAACUCGAAGUGCAAUGCUCCCCCCAAACCACCCCCUCACCGUGAAAGUCGAUAACAUAUUUCACAAAAUUGUUGAAGCCGCAGCUAAGGAUCCCUCCAUUGACCACCAGCUUCUAAGCGACGUGACCUGGCAAGUUCACAUUGUCAACGACCCCACCGCACCACCCAAUGCAUUUGUUCUACCAGGUGGCAAAGUCUUUGUUUUUAGCAGCAUACUCAAUAUCUGUAAAAACGACGAUGGUCUGGCAACAGUAUUGUCACACGAGUUUUCUCACCAGCUUGCUAGACAUACCGCGGAAAACUUAUCAAAAGCUCCAAUCUACUCUAUGCUCGGUGCGAUUUUAUACACCGUGACCGGUGCAGAUAUUUUUAACAGGUUGAUUCUAGAUGGGUUUCUGAGGAUGCCCGCUUCUCGACAAAUGGAGACGGAGGCUGACUAUAUUGGUUUGAUGAUUAUGUCCCGCGCAUGCUUUCAUCCCGAAGAAGCUGUAAAGUUAUGGAAACGUAUGUCUGAAUUCGAGCAGCAAGUUAAGGGCAGAGCGAACCUCAACUUGGAAUUUUUAAGUACCCACCCCGCGAGCGACCGGAGGAUCGAGAACAUGAAAUCUUGGUUACCAAAAGCACAAGAAAUUUAUUCACAAUCUAACUGCGGCAUGUUAGGUGGCUAUUUGGAUGGAUUUCAGACUGUUUUUGGAGGGCCUCGAGAAGAGCAACCCGGGAUAAUGUGGGGCUAA